CCGUUGAGGCAUGAAAAAAGGUGGGCUUUCUCCCCUCGCCGCCUCUCGUCUUCUGUACGGCGCUUCGAUCUCGCCGCUUCCAGUCGCCCGCUUCUCGUCGCCUUCAACGGUAGGAAGAGAGGCUUCAAGUCAUAUCUGCAUUGUAAUUUCUGGAAUCCUUCUCGGUUGCUGAAGAGGGAGAGUUGCCAAUCAGGCAAUCAUGGAUGUUGAUUCACAGCCAACCAUGGAGGAAACCAUCCUAGUCGGUGACGACCUUAUGUUGGGGCCACCUUCACCUGUUAUACCCCCGGAGAUUGCAUCUCAUGUUCUCGAAGGUGUUGAUUUAUGUGAUGGAAUACUGAGGAAUCUCUUCUUGUGCCUGCAAAUCAAUGAUAUCGAGCCAUUUUGCCAAGAUGAGAUUGUUUUGUAUAGACAAUGUGCCGAGAAAAGGGAUAAGGAGCUAAGACGACGACUCCAGGAUAGUGAGCAUAAGUUGGGAUUGUGUAUGCCUUUGGAACAAGCAAAGGAUAGAGCUGCACAACUCCAAUCCGAAGUUGCAUUGUUAGAGAGGCGCAUGAUUCUUGCAAGUGGAAUUGAAGGCAUGGAGGGAUUUCGCCAGCGAUGGAGCUUACAUGGGCGCCUUGAGGAUGCCAAAAAAAGACUAGAAGCUUUGAACCAGGGAAUUGGAAAGAGGAAAAUUGAAGAGCCCCAAGGAGAGUCUAAAGGAGAUCCAGUUAAAAAGAAAUGGUUUUUUGGUAACUUUAUUUUAAAGGAAAAACCUGUCCAGCGGUGAAGCAUGGUAUUUAUCUCUCUUUCUGUGUUCAGAAAGCGUAUAAGUAGUUCUUUCCCCACCAAAAAAAAGACAAUUAUUAUGAACUUGUAAGUAGUUCGUGUUCAGAAAACGCAUAUAUAUAAAUAUUUGAUGUUAAGAGUCCACUUCGAAUCGAGCCAGGGUCGUGUGCAGCUUAACUCAUAUUCGAUUGGAGUCGGCUCGAGGUGUAUAAACUUAUAUACAACCCAUUCAUGUCAUGGAUUGGUCUUGC